AUGCCGUCCCUUGAGUAUGAAGGCACCAACUACUGCUGCAAAAGGAUACUUGCCGGCUGCGUUUGCCUCGGUGCCGGAGCGGCAGUGCUCCUUCGAUCCAGCACCCUCAGCUUCAGCUACGGCUACGGUAUCCACCUUACAAGUACCGACAGCGAUGCCGCGAGCAACACCGUAUGGCACGGCAUGGAGCGAGAUGGCGAGGGAGAAAGCAAACCUGUCGACUCUGCGGUGUCGCCGCGGCCCUUCGCAACGAUGCUGCCGAUCAAAGCGACGACAGUGUCGCCGUGGCCCUCCACUACGAGGCUGCCUGCCAAGAAGACGACUUCAAUCGGCACUUCGAUUUGCAAUGCCACCAGGGAAUGUGGUACAUGGGUGAGGACACAAGAACCGAAGUUUCAGAGCCAGCAAAUUGGAGGACAACCAUUCUACAAUAAGCACAUCGUAAUGAUUGGGGACUCACGGAUGCGGUACCAAUAUUUGUCCCUGGCUUACUUUUUCACACACGGUGCUUUUGCCACAGGAAACGAUUUCACUUUUCUGAUUAAUGCAAAGCAGUUCACGGAGAAGCUUGCUGAGCCAUGGAAUUUCUGGUUCAAUAAGACGAACCACGUCUUGAAGCACGAGCUGUGCAACUGCUACCGACCAAAGGGCAGUCUGGCCAAUGCUGUGGAGAAUCGGUAUUACCGCCAUCCCGACAAGAUGGUCUCGGUCACAUACUUGCAAAAAUACGGGCCGGCUUUGAUGCAAGGGCACUGGCAUUCUGACGGCACAAGCAUCGACUUGUGCAACUGUCAGUGUGGGCCCAGAGCAUGCAACCCCUUGAUCGAAACUCCGAAGUGGACUGCGAAAAACAUGUCCCAGCUCGCGAGGAUCGUCGCGGAUUUGAAGCCUGACUACUUGGUGUUGCAACCGGGAUGGGAGGAGUUCCAAGCCUGGUCGACGGAUGAUUUGUUCCGGUUUUUUUCGCUGGUUCAAAAUUCCUGCCCGGCCGCGCAGCUGUACUUUAAAACUCGGCUUAUCAAAUCAACAGAGGAUGCCGCUGGCUUCCUUUCAUGGGCCAAUAGCUACUACAGGGACAUGUACAAAAGGCUGAAUUUCUCGCAGCACGGCUGGCAUAUGUGGGAUGUUUCGACCAUUACGGCAUCGUGGAAGGCUAAUGACACGAAAGCCACCUUCAUGUGGGAUCAGUGGCAUUACAGCCUUGCAUCGAACAACGCGCUGAACAGGUUCAUGUUGCAGACUCUUUUUGGUGUCGAUGUGCAGCAACUUGGCGACAGCACGGACGCUGCAAAGGAGUCGGUCGCAACCAACAACCACGCCACCGGCGUGGACUUGAUGGACAUCUCGAAUGCUGACCCAGAUGUGGCGGCCAUGUCCACUGAUGCGCUCGAAACCCUGCAGGAGGCUGCGGUUCGGUUGUACGAGAUCGUGGUGCGGCCUGCAGAAACUGAGCCCUCGUACGGGAACGUGCCCAGCAGCGGCACGAUCUUUGGGACUCGAGCGCCGGAGGUGGACGUGGAGCAUGAGAUAAGUGCCCUUGGCAACGUGUCCUCAAAUGGCGACGACUCCGGUGAGUUGUCAACCUUCAGGAAACAGACCCCUGCGUUCGCCGCGAAGGUAAGCUCGGACAUGGACAACAUGGACCAUUCUGGUGACAGCGUGUGGAAUGGAACCUCCUCGGGCAGUGACUACGGCAAGUCGAGCAGGUCCAGGAGAAUGUCUCAAAGGCUCACCAUGACGACGCGGAAAUCGACGGCGAACAUGGACAAGUGGCGAAAGCGCUUGCAGAAUGCAAAGUCCACGGCCUUCAAGCAGCGGCUGCGCGUCAGCGGCGUCACCAGCGUCGUUGGCAUUCUCUUGGAGGUUGCCUCAGCUAGCUGCUUCCUCAUUGUGUCUGAAACACAUGCAGCCUACGGCGACGACGAUGAGGAGCACGUAGGUGAUCUAUUCCGGUCUCUGUCGUUGACGUUUCUUUUACUUGGCUUGGUGGCCUUCCUUCUCGCGCUGCUCCCCACCGACCGCCGGGCGGUGCCCGUCGGCGCGACCAUCCUGAUAGUCAUGAUCAUCAUUUGGGUCAGCAUUGCAGUGAACUUCUCGGUGAACCUCCUCUUGCAUCCUUACACGGCGGAUGACACGAAGGAGAAGCCUGGCUACCCGAUAGUCGAAGGUUGCAUUGCCCUCACUCUGGCCUCUGCUGGUCUGUGCACUGCGGUGUACUUGAUCCACGAGGUGACCUGCCGGCGGAGGAUGCCCAAGCGCCUGCUCGCACGAAUGUGGCAUGCCUGUGGUGUAUUCUUCCUCAUCGUGGCGGUAGGGACAGGCACCUAUGUCGUCUUCGAGUGCAUCCGCAGCGGUGCGGAUGGCCUUUACUACGUGUCGGCGAUGAUGACCGCUUGCAUGUGCGCACGCGUCGCCCGCAAUCCAGACUUCCGGCCAUGGGUUCAGAGCUACCUCGGCAGCCGUGCCGAAGCUGCCGGCUCAGCUGCGGCCGUAGCCGCGCUUGUUGGGGACAGCUCCGUCGACAAGGUGCUGGAGAUGGCCAGGAUGCAUUUUCACACCGUCCGGGCAGAUCAGAUCUGCUUCGAGGAUGCCUCGGGCUAG